CGAGGUGGGCGGGGCUAGACCGCAGCUGCGGGUGGGAGGUAGCCACCUGGAAUCCUCAGACUACUUCCAGACCCGCGGGCGCAGGGCCCAGUCCCCGGGUUCAGGGUGACCCUUUGUCAGCUGGGGCCUGAAAAGAGCGGAACGAAAGGCGGAUGGUUUUCGGUUGCUGAGGCGGAUGUGGACCCAAUCUGUCCGUCCAUGCAAGUUUCCCCCAAGGCUGGGACCUAGACGUGCGCCAACUCGUGUGCUCUGCCACCGUCGCGGUCGUCGCUGGCCCGAGUUAGGAGCCAACAGUGAAUUCUUCGUGCCUCAGAUAUGUUGACCUACAGGAUGCUUCGAUAUCCAUGUUUUUGUAGUAUCGAUAAAGAAUUUCUUUCAUGCUGGUUGGAAUCUGGCAUAUUUAAUUUAGGUAUCUGGCCAAAAAAAAUACAUGCUACAACAGAAAGAUAUAAUGAAUAUGAAGCCCAGGAGCAAACAGAUCACACUGGAGCUCAGGAGUUACAUAGAUCCCAAGAUGGAAGUUUCGAAGCUAUGACUAAAUUACAUAUCCCAGUAAUGGUGGAUGAAGUUGUUCGUUGUUUGGCACCACAAAAAGACCAGAUUUUUCUAGAUAUGACAUUUGGUUCAGGAGGACACACAAGAGCCAUUCUACGGAAGGAGUCAGAUAUUACUCUAUACGCCUUAGACAGAGACCCGACAGCUUAUGGAAUAGCUCAACGGCUUUCAGAAUUGUAUCCUAAACAGAUCCGAGCUAUGCUAGGCCAAUUCAGCCAGGCAGAAGCCUUAUUAAUGAAAGCUGGAGUGCAGCCAGGGACUUUGGAUGGAGUUCUUUUGGAUCUUGGGUGUUCCUCCAUGCAACUUGAUGCUCCUGAAAGAGGUUUUUCCCUUCGGAAGGACGGCCCCUUGGACAUGAGAAUGGAUGGUGGCAGGUACCCUGACAUGCCCACCGCCGCUGAUGUUGUGAAUGCUUUAGAUCAACAGGCACUUGCAUCCAUCCUGAGAACAUACGGGGAGGAGAAGCAUGCCAAGAAAAUCGCUUCAGCAAUCGUUCAGGCACGCAGCCUCUACCCCAUCUCCAGAACCCAGCAGCUUGCCAGCAUCGUUGCAGGUGCAUUUCCUCCAUCUGCUAUUUUUGCACGAAAAGACAUGCUACAACGAUCUACCCAUAUUGCUACCAAGACUUUCCAAGCUAUUCGAAUAUUUGUGAACAAUGAGCUCAAUGAACUUUACAUAGGACUGAAGACAGCUCAGAAGUUUCUGAGACCUGGUGGUCGCCUUGUUGCCCUCUCCUUCCAUUCACUAGAGGAUCGCAUUGUCAAACGAUUCUUGCUUGGGAUAAGCAUGACAGAAAGGUUUAACCUAAGUGCUAGACAGAAGGUGAUACAAGCAUCACACUUAGGUUCAGGUCAUGAAAACAAUGCAGGAGACUCUAUAAGCAGAGCCCCUUUAAUGUGGGAAUUGAUACACAGGAAAGUACUUACUCCAGAAGAUCAGGAUGUACAGGAUAACCCCAGAGCACGCUCAGCCAAGCUUAGAGCAGCCAUCAAAUUAUGAUACAGUUUUCAUCAUGUGGUCCUUUAAGUUUUCCCUCACAGUUUGUUUCUUUAUGUGAUCUUCCUGAAUAGCUUAGUAUAAGGAAGUAUGGGAUAUAUAGAGAAACAGAUGUACCAUAUCUUUGUAGAAAUUGAGGGUAUUUACCAUUUUUUUCUUAAAAAGAAAAUAUCAGAAAUACUAGCAUGACUCAAGGAACAGUAGCAUCUCAAAACUGGAAAAAUAUCUCUGAGUGUUAUAUUUGACUUUUGAAAUGUAGUCCUUUCUCUAAUGAUGGACAUUUUUAAAGUGAAGAAUACUAUGUGUAUUUAUUUAACUAUAAGCACUCAAACUGUCCAAAGAUAGAGAUUAUAAUUGUAUCUGUAUUUGCUAAGUUUUGAAUUUAGAUAUUCAGAUAUGCAGCAGACUUUCUGUGGAUCAAGUAAUAAGUAAUAAUAAAUAAUAAGUAAAUAUCAUUAAAGAAAUUUUCAUUUCUAUUUAGGAAUAAUUAAUUAGUAAGUACUAUAGCCUUCUCAAACAUAGGUAUUAUGUAAAUUUAAAUUUUCAAGUAUUAUUUUUAAAAUGAAUUGUACUGAUGUCACUUUUGAACCUGUAGCGCUCAUUGGUUUAAAGGGAUUUUACAAUAUGAUAUACACUACAUAUUAUGUGUUGCAAAGUAAAAAUGGAGAAUUGUUCUAAUAGCCCUCACAUAAAACCUAUAUUUUCAGUCAAGUAUAUUUAUUUUAAUAAUAUCCCAGAAUGCCUUUGACAAAUAAUAAAUUCUGUCAUCAUUUGAA